UCACUCCCCGGAAUGAUUCCCGCAAGAUGGCGACGUAGUGUAGAAGUUGGAUACUACUGAGUGUAGCACAUUCAAAACACCUAUUUGUGUAAAUACGUGAUUAAUUUUGAGUGUUAAAGUGCUAGACUACUCUAUUAAUAUAUCUCCACGAUGGAACCAAGCGAAGAAAGUGUAAAUGCCCUUGUUAAUAUGGGAUUUUCUAACGUGGAGCAAGUUAGGCGGGCACUGAAAUUAAGUCGUGACGACGUUAACGAAGCAGUGGCCAUCCUGACCAGUGAACAUACAACGACAUCAUUUGAUACCCUCGAUGAUAUAGAGAUGAAGGAUAUGGACGGUAAUCGUUCUAACGUCCAUUACGGACCAGAUCCACCCCCUCCUUCAUAUGACGAAGCUGUAGAACCAAUUGAGAAUGAAGAACCUAGCUCUUCAUCAAGCAACCUCAACAAAGGAGAUAAUGAUAGCAUGGAAUUUCCAACCACAAACCUAUAUGAGCUCGAAGGAAGAGUGUUUACAGAGCAGUGGUCUAUACCAUACAAAAAGGAAGAGUCCUUGGGAAAAUGUCUGCUUGCUGCUACCAGACUUGCCAAAGAAGGAAAGCUUGAGCAGGAUGAUAAUUGUGUUCGUUUUGUGGAGCGGUGUAUGCCGGAGGCAUUCCGCAAACUGAUGACAUCAAGCGCGGUCCAGCGAUGGGGUCCUGAAAUUCAAGACGGCAUAUACAAUAUGCUUCAGCUACUUGUAACAUUAAUUGCUACGAGGUUACAACACCAGCCAGUACCUACGGCUAUGUUGCAGUCUCUGUUAUUGGCCUUCAAUUUGGAGACAGAAUUUCAUAUCAAGAAUAGAAUGAAGAAAGCAGACAAGCUACACUAUGAGGAAAUAUUUGGUAUCAACCAGACGUAUGCUAUCAGUCCACCCUACAACACAUAUAAGGACCCUUGCGGUUGGCUAGUGAACCUCAUUAAUAAGUUUGCAGAGAAUGGUGGGAUUGAGCAGAUCAAGGCAUGUAUCAUUGAACCUUCUGAAGAAGUUGAUGCUUGUACAAUGACGGCCUUACUGCAGCCUCUCGGUGCCUGUGCUGAAUACCUGAACCCCCUGCGAGUGUCCAAAUUCCUCUUGCCAGUGAAGGCAAAGGUUAAGAAGUACGUUGAAGAUGUUAGCGACAGUGAGCUCAAACAAAAGAAAGCAAUAAGUAUAUGUGAUCUUCUAUCAACACUGAAAAUCCUCUGUAUUAAUUUCUGGCCGGAGGAUGUGAGGGAGGUAGACAAUUUAAGACUGGAUAUAGCUCUAAGGAUGCUUAAGUCACCACAUUUUAAUGCUAAAAUGAAUAGUCUUAAAGAGAUUCGCAAAAUGAUUGAUGAAUCAACAACAUCAAGACGAACAGCAAUGGAAGAAGACGUGAUUGCUGAUUGGUUGGUUGAUAAUGGUAUCCUCACUGUAGCCUUGGAAGGAAAUAUUGACCAAUCGCAAUACUGUGAUCGUCUGAAAGGUAUUGUUGAGUUUUUAGGAACUAAAUUAUCACUAGAGGAACUCACAAAGAUAUGGAAAAUGCAGCAAAAUGACCAACACAUGACUGUAGUUGACAACAUCCAUUCCAUCAUGGCUGCUGCAGCUGUGUAUCUCAACAGUGCUCAACUUGACCACCUAUUCAGACUUAUACAAAAGGCUUGGAAGGAAGAAAACGAUCAUAUGAGGGAGAAAUUACUAACUUUAAUUGGUACUAUUGGCCGUGAAUCGAAGCAAGCAAAGACAACUAACAAAGUAUUAGAGCUGUUAUGGGACUUGGCUCAUCUACCCGCAAUCCCCACUAGUCAUCUGGAGCACGCCCUCAAGGAACACCUAACAAUUCUCAGCGAGUCAUAUUUAAUUAAUAUGCAAGUGAAAAACAAGUACAUCUCUAAAUGUGUGGAAGAUGUAAAGAGGGGAAGCUUGGUUGUACCUGCAAUGCGACAGUUGCAUUUAAUUGCAAAAGGAAAGAACAACAAAUAUGAUAAGAGUAUACCAACAGAUUUGCACAAGAACCAUGAUAUAAUUAAACUAAUUAGUCAUAGUUUAAUGAAGAGUCACAGAGCAGCUGUGAAUGUAUCUGGCGGCAACCAAGUGACUCCUACAAUGCUUGUUGACGGCAGGUACACACAUGCAGAGCAUGUGCAAGUUCAUCUUGAGUUCCUAGCUUUUAUCCUUGAGGUUGGUGUCCUGUAUCUUCACUGGCAUAGAGCUCGCGAGAUAUGGGAAUGUCUCGUUAGCAAUCAUGAUGCAAUUGAAUAUGAUAAAGAGACCUGUUUUAAUUGGUUUAAAUCUGGGCUGAAUGACCUGGAGGCUGAAACUCAGCAGCAACUCUUUACACAGAAGUUACUUAAGCAGGACCCUGCUUCACUGUCUCCCAAAAACUUUGAUUGCUUAAAGGCAUACUUUGAGAGUGUUAACCAAAACAACCAAGCAUUAAGGAAAAGUGGCCCAAAUUUGGUUGUUGAAAAACUUGACCUAUUGGGGUUAGAGUUCAUGUGGCAGGUUGCAUUAGAGAAUCCAAAUGAAGAAAUUGCAAGCGUUGCCAUUCAUCAGUUAAUGAAGAUGUAUUACACUGGAUUGGCGAUGAAACUCAAAAAGGAUACUAUUAGUGUCCACAAGAGGUUCAUAGCUGAGUGUUACAAGCGACUUGAGGAGGCAACUGUUACGCUAGGUGGCUCAGCCAUUGCCUAUGCAAUCUCCAAAGCAAAUAAAGCUCUUACUGCAGCCACACUUCCAGAUGUAGCUUCACUUCCAAGUCCAUCCAGAUGUGUUCGAUUAUUAACAAUUGAGCGACUUCUGAAGUUAGCCGAGACUUACGUGACGACAGUAGAGGACCAACACACGUGUACACGCACCAUUCUGCCUCAUGAAGCAUCCUACCAAGGUCAUCCAAUCACUAUACACGUGUCAUGCGAUAUUCCAAAGAUCGAGUUCACAAUAGUAUGUCAUUCAAAUGAGAGUUUACGGAGUGUUCGAACAAGAAUAGCUGUACGUUUGAAAACCAACACAGACAAUGUUCAGAUUGCAGCCAAUGACACUAUGCUGCUGCCUUGUAAAGAUCAGAAGUUGCUUCGCCAGUUGUCUUUUGAGGAAGAGCAGUUACUGAACGUCAAACAGACAAUGGUUACCAGUAUCCAGUACAAUGCUAGAAAUGACGAGCAAAGUACUGUAAGCUUCCAGCCAAGAACAGCCUAUGCAAUGGAACUGGAGAGGUCGCUACCUGGUGUUGUUAUGGCAACGGGUGGUCAAGUUUUUGAGAUGCUCUAUCAGCUGGCAGAUUUAGAUGAAACAAAAAUUACUCAGAGAGUACGGAAUCUUCUCCGUCUUAUUCCAACUGAUCCAUCAAUAAUUGAAGCUUUGGACAACAUAUGUCGCUAUAAUGAUGAUGCUGAGAACAAUGAAGGUUCUCCUGGCAAGCCCCCUAGACAGGUGCUUCAAGAUCUCUUCACAACCUCUUCUCAUUCUUCAAUGUCAGCAUUUAGGGUGCUCUACAAUUUGGAGGUGCUAAAUGCAUGCCUGAUGCCUGCCAAUCAGGAAGAUAAUGGUAUUCAAUCAACAAGGCGGUUCCGUGAAGCCUUCCUCAAUGCGGGGGGACUUAGUCUGAUUGUGAGCAUCUUACAGAAAGAUGCAAUUCCAGCUGAUGCGGAUGAGGAGACUAGAAGGGGGUGCUACUCGAUUUGUAUUCAACUAGCAAGAUUUGUACUUUGCGGUCAAACAAUGACUGCUUUAAUGGAGAAUGAUCUGUCAAUAUCGUCCAGUCAGCAUGAAGCAACACUGGAUAGCUCUGGUUUUUCCAGCUCCAGCGUUGGUUCCUCAUCCCCAAGGAAAUCUAGCCUCUGGAAUCGAAUGAACAGUUUUGAAAGUGCCGGUGGUGAUUUCAGUGGGAAAGAGGGAACAGCAGUUGCAAUAUCUGUCAUCCAGACAAUGAGCCCAACAGAGUAUACGUCCAUGAUUGCACAAUUCAUGCGAGUCACCUGGGCGGCGGCUGCAGGGAGACUAUAUUUGGCAAGCACAAAUCAAAUUAAGGAAAGCAAUGCCCCAUCUUUCAAUAUGGGUAGGAGAAGCAGGCAGAGUAGUACAGGAAGUACAGCGAGCUCAUCAAGUGAGAGUGAUGUACUGCAUCUACAAAGCGGCGUCUGCUUGUUGAAGUCUAAGGUAUCCACCGGUGAUGCCAUGAUUGCUCGGGAUGCUUUGGAAUUGCUUGUUGCUUGCCUUCAACUACGUAGCCAGCUACUUAAUUCUUUCUACAGCCUACCAUCAGUAAAUGAUUUCAUAAUAGAGAUUCUGUUAGCAUCAGGUCACCAGGACGUCAGGAGAGCUGCCAUGGAGCAACUGUACAUACUAGCUACUACACAUAUUCCAGACAGCCCCUAUCUUCUUCAGCCAAGGCUCUUUCUAAUUCAGGUGUUGAUCAAAGCCCAUGUUCCAUUGUGGAUCACCAGUACAUACACCAGAGCUUCAAACUUAAGAUUACUGAGUCAGUGCAAGCAGUAUUUUGAUUUAAGAUGUCUUUUAUUCGAAAGAUUGACAAGCCAAGAGCAGAGUAUUCUUGGGGUGAACCCGCGAUCAAUGCUAGAAGAUGAAAUAGAGUGGCUUGGCAAUUUCGAGUCUGGUGCUGGUGAGGAAAGUGCUGUUGAAAUGGAGAACCAGUUGAUCACAGGGCAUCUGCAGUUGAUGAAGAGUCUUCUGACUUGUGAGAAUGUUGAUAAGAAACAGAUAGGGAAACAGUUAAUUUCCAACAUGCUGAAUGACUAUUUGUACCCAGCUUCUCGUCUGAUUCUAGCCAAUGCAAACAACCCAAGGAUCACAUCAAACUUAAACCUCAACCCCAAGUUGGUGUGUAAUGAUGCCAAGUCUGCUGCAUAUGAUCUGCUUGUGACUCUUUGUGAAGAUUGUGCCGAGAAUCUUAGACAGGUGGCUCAACACCUGUCCUUGAUGCAUCAUCAGCCAACUCCCUCUGUACAGCCGCAAUGGGAUUUAUCACCACCAGUGGACGGUCGAUCACCGAGUGGGUAUGUUGGUCUGAAGAAUGGUGGUGCUACUUGUUACAUGAAUUCUGUAAUUCAGCUUCUUUAUAUGGUUCCAGGUAUUCGUGAGGAAAUACUUAGCUGCCAUGACAACGAUGAUGAUGAGGAAACCGUUUUCUACCAGCUUCAAAUGAUCUUCGGUCACCUGAUGGAAAGUAAGCUGCAGUUUUAUGAGCCGGAUCGUUUUUGGCGAGUGUUCAAACUGUGGGGUGAGCCAGUGAACAUUCGUGAACAGCAAGAUGCAUUUGAAUUUUUCACUGAUCUAACAGAUCAGAUUGAUGAGUUCCUCAAGGCAAAUGGCAAGAAACAGGUAUUCAAAAGCAAAUUCCAGGGAGUCUUCACAGACCAGAAAAUAUGUCAAGACUGCCCUCAUAGGUACGAACGAGAGGAAGAAUUCUUUGCUCUAAACCUUACUGUUAAAAGUCAGAACCUUGAGGCCUCGUUAGAGCAGUUUGUUCGUGGUGAGAUGUUGGAAGGGGAUAAUGCAUAUCUUUGCGAAAAGUGCAAUGAAAAGCGCAAUACUAUUAAGAGAACAUGCAUCAAAACGUUACCUCCAGUGUUGGUAAUUCAUUUGAAGCGGUUUGGCUAUGAUUGGGAGGCAGGAAGAGCCCUGAAAUUUGAUGAUCAUUUUAAGUUUCCGUGGGUGUUGGAUAUGGAACCAUACACAUCAGAAGGAAUGAGUCGACGAGAGAACAAUGCCGAGCAGCAAGAAGUAGAUGCACCGACAGAGAGCAUAACAAAGACCAAAGCCAAGCACAGCAAACUUGAUGAACUUUAUCAACUAGUUGGCGUUCUCGUCCAUAGUGGGCAAGCAAACGCUGGCCAUUAUUAUUCCUUUAUAAGGGAUAGAUGGGGAACAUCCAUGAACAACGCCAGUAAGGGUAAAUGGUUCAAGUUCAAUGACACAGUAGUAGAAGGCUUUGACAUGACAGAUAGCACGAUUGAGACCGAAUGUUUUGGUGGUUCCUAUAAACCCAAGCUCUAUGAUCAUGGAACUUCGUAUUCAGAGACCAGGUUACGUUACUGGAGUGGAUAUAUGCUUUUCUAUGAGAAGAUUGAGGGAACUAAAACUCCAGAUUCAACGCUGCAGCGGUCAUCAGUUCCAAGGGCAGCCAUUCUGAAACAUGACAGCGAAGGGGACAUUCAAGUUAUAAAUUCGUCUCCGGAGUUUUCUCCAAUACACAACUCAGACGAGCUAAAUGAACUCUCUGCCCUUGUUCAGAAGGGUGAAAGACGUGGUAUCUUUGUAGAUAAGAUGUCGCCGACAAUUCAGAAAUUCAUCUUGGACGACAACUUGCAGUAUAUGCGUAAUCGGGACAUCUUCAGUGCCGACUAUUUUAAUUUUAUUCGCUCACUCGUAUCGUGCAACAGUAGUCAUAUAUACCUGAAGGAUUACAGUGCAAUGGCAGAAACAAGUAUUGAAUUAGUGACAAACUUCCUGCUGAACACCUAUUUCAGAACCAAAAAGUCUUUCAGGAACGAUCAGGAUGAAUGGGAACACUGCAUAGAGGUGCUGCUUCGUAACAGUCCACACAGCUGUGCUUGGUUUAUUAAGCACCUCAAUACUGAAAUAGGAACACCGUACAUCAGGCAGUAUUUGUUAGAAUGUCCGUCGUCAGAGGUCCGGUAUUCAUUUACGCACAUAGUAGAGACAGCCUUAAGGUACUUUAUCAACCAUAACUCAAGUGCAACGAUGUCUUCGAUCCCAGAGCUCAAUGGCUUAAUAGAGCACCUUCUGUGUCUCCUUGACAAAGAUGUUGCUAGUUAUUGUCGCAAUUGUGCUCAGUAUUUCUUGCUUCUUAGCACGUACUUAAAUGCAGGUGUCAACUGCUGUGUUCAUCUGUUUGAGAGGGGAGCCUAUAGAAGACUGAUGACCUUCUUAAUUGGUCAACCAACCCCCAACCAGGACUUGAAUAGUCGGCGUUGGACGUCAUCCCACACCAGGGACUUUGUGUCACUUCACACAACCUUGGCAAACAUGGUUCUUCAUUGUGAUGUUUCUCAGUUCAGAUCAGUAGAAGAGACCCCAGAAGACAAGCCUCCAAAUAUUCCCGACAUCCAUGAUUUAGACACCCUUUUACAAACGCCUGAGGAUGUAAAGAGUAUCUUGUUUGCUGCACAAGGACGCAGGUACAUCAGAGAGGCUGUAGCUGCGUGCCGAGAGAUGACUCAAGGAAGCACUAGUGACAUCACUGAUAUGCUGCUACACUGCUGCUACUGCAAUCAAGUCUUCAGUCAAGAUGUACUCGAAGCAAUCCAGUAUCAAAUCAUAACAGCACCCGCACAUGAUCUGAAGUCAAUGUGUCACUUAUUAUUAAAACUACUUCAACUGAAAGAUCCACUACAGUUGCACAGAUUAAAACUCUGUGUCGAAGGUCAUGACAGCGAUGGUUUAUUAGAUAUUAUUCAGAAAUGUAAUGUGACUGACAGUCGGCGUAGUUACCAAUGUAUCAAGUUCCUUGUAACUUUAGCUAACAAGUGUCCAGUUGCUAAGGACUACCUUGUAUCAAUAAUGGCCAAAUGGCAAUGGGCUAUCAUCUGGCUUAAGAGAAAGAUGAACGAGCAUUCAUGGACUCCACAGCAUACCUCAAAUGAAUCAUCUUCAGGUAAAACAUUCCAAAGGACGAUGAGUGCGCAGGACACACUGGCUGAAGCAACUGCUCUCUUUGAACAAUUAAGUACGGAGGAGGAGGAAGAAAAAGGCAAAAAUGAUGAAAAUGAAGCCGAUAUUGAGAAUGUCGGUAAAGAUUUGGAUACAUCAAAGCCUGAAUCAAGCAUGGAUGAUACCGAGACUUCUGAUAAUGUUACAAACACAAGUGAGGAGAACAGCUUAGGACUGGAUGAAAUUGACACAUGAUGGCGCCACACUGCACGUCAGUCGGACAUCAUGUUUUAUGCUGCAGCGUUGAUGUCCAGCAUGCAGCUUUUCAGUGAAGGAUAUUUAGGAGUGGUGCUUACAUGCAUCUGGAUGCUAUCUGUCGGCACAUACUGCCUUUACGAGUGCAAGGGAUAUUAUUAUUCAUUUUCCUCAGGCAGUUUCAAUGAGGUUUUAACUUGAAUAAAUGUGACUUGAGCUGAGCCAUUGUAGAGACCAGAUCUGAUGGUGGAUUCAAGAGCCUUCGGAAUGUUUUCCAUGAAAAAAUAAAUUUUGAUGCUUGAUGCACAAUGCCAGGAACCAAAUAUGGAUGCAAGAUAUUCAUAAUGCUCCUUCAGUACUUGAAUAAAUAUUCACUUUGAAACAGUUGUAUGUUUUUUAACAGGUGUGUUUAUCAACUCUCAAAUGUUAAGGUGCACAUCGCGAGUGAACAGCAAUAACAGAAUUAGCUGCUAUAAAAUGAUUUUUGUUUUCAAUUUGUUGAUAUAUUUAAAUGUGUAUUUUUUUAUUCAUAAUGUUAAUUCUACACAAUAAUUUAUAAAGAGUGAUGUAAAAAUAUUCAUGUAACGAUCAAUUUUUAUUUUGAAUCUGAUUAUUAGUUAUAAAUGUAGCAGUUACCUACAUUAAAAUUUUAUAUUACUUUUAAAAGUGGUUCAUUAUUAUUCCAUAAAUAGCAAUUAAUUCACUGUGUAUGGCUUUCCAAACUCUUUUGUCCUAUAUUUAUAUAUUUUGUUUUAUAGUUUUAACAAUUAUAUGUAUAAUAUUGCAAUAAGAAAAGAUUAUUUUCUGUGUCAAAGGCGAAGAGAUUUUUUUACAUGUAAAUGAGCUUCAAUAUGUGUGAAUGAUAUAAAAUAAUGCCAUAUUCUUUUCAGCUUUACAGUUAUGUGUAGUACACCCGUAUAUUUAAUGUGACACUUAUUUUAUACAAGAAUCAAAAUCCAGGAAACAAUCAAUAUUGAGGGGAGGGGGUGGUUGUCAGGGGACCACAAAGGGUUAAAAACCUUGGGACCACAUAAAUAUGUGGUUCAUGUUCUAAUUACAGUUAUCAUGGAAUACAAUACAUAUGCUCCUUGAUUUUUAAAUCUAUUGAUUUAAAAAAUUAUAUAAAAACAUAUUCCUAAAUCCUAAAGUGCCUUUUUGAAAUGCAUGUUUUUUUUUUCCUAUAAUAAUAAAACUGUUUACAACGUUAGUACAUUGAUUACAAACUAAUAGACUCCUUGAUCAUUAUAUUUCAAUAGACUUCCAAUGUUUUUUACUGGAGCGUAACUGUAGAAUUCCAACGUAUCCAAUAAUGAAAAGGAAUUAGUUGAUUUAGAUGGUGCAGUUACUACAAAAAUGAACUUGAAAAGUUUUCUACAUUUGUACCAUAUAGAGUUGAUUAAAUUGUUGUAUUCUAUAAAAUUCUCAUCGAUAGAUAAUAAACUUAAUGCAAUUAAUCAUAUAUUGAAUUGUCAAGUUAUUCUGAAGUAUUCCAAAUAGGAAUUGAGCAACAAUCAGAAAGGGAAUAAAAAGAAUAUCCACCUUUCUA